AUGGACGAUUUUGCGAGCGACACCGACAGCGACUAUACCAGUUACUGGAGGGACUGGUUUAUAUCCUCUCGCGGCAAUGAAUACUUCUGCGAGAUCGAUGAGGACUAUCUCACAGAUCGUUUCAACCUGACCGGCUUGAACACGGAAGUACAGUACUACCAAUAUGCACUGGAUCUGGUCACGGAUGUAUUCGACAUGGAAGUGGACGACGAUAUGCGAGAACAGAUCGAGAAGAGUGCAAGACACUUGUACGGUCUUGUCCACGCACGCUACGUCGUUACUACGAGAGGCCUGGCAAAAAUGAUGGAGAAGUUCAAACAAGGCGUCUUCGGAAAGUGCCCGCGAGUCAUUUGCGAAUCGCAACACUUGCUGCCAAUGGGACAGCAUGAUAUUGCGAACACGUCAAAUGUCAAGCUCUAUUGCGCCAAAUGUGAAGACAUCUACAAUCCUAAAUCCUCUCGGCACAACUCAAUAGACGGCGCGUAUUUCGGCACUAGUUUCCACAAUAUCCUCUUCCAGGUCUAUCCGGCUUUGCUGCCGCAGAAGACACAGAGACGCUACGAGCCCCGCAUAUAUGGCUUCCGCGUCCACGCGAGUGCGGCUCUAAUGCGGUGGCAGGAAGAACGACGCGAGGAAAUGAAGGACAGAUUGCGCUCAAGGGCUAUCGAGACAGGGUUUGAGGAGGAAGAUGAAGGUCAGAUGCAAGCUGUUCAAUGA